GCUGAUAUCACUGCUUCAGAUGGUGUGGCUACUAUUUGUAUUAUUGUCGGCAGUUUACGUACGCGCGGCUAAUACGAGGCUUGACAAGCUCACGGAAGCAGCAAUGGGCUUGUUAGAGGAGUCGAAUCUGGGCGUUAAUGUUCGUCAAUGCUCUUGCAACGAAGACGCUGACUGUGUCAAAGUUAUGCAGUCACAGGCGAAAGAAUGCGCUGACAGUUGUUGGAACAAAUUUUCAGAGAUCACUAGUAGCCCACAGCAGCUUUACAACUGCGUCUCAACAAAAAUGCCAGUGAUCAGCAAUUUCAUUCGCUGUAUGAGCAGCCACCUCAAGAGUUGUGUUAACUCGCCAACAGGACCUCAAGUCCCGAAAGUGGAUCUGCGCAAACUGUUUGACAGUCUUGAGCAGAAGGUACUUGCAAGCCGAGCCGAACUUCUCAGUCAAGGGCUAGUCACUGGCAUGAAGCCCAUCGCAGAGGCUGCAGUGAAGUUUGGUACCUGCGUCAAGCAGUGUUUUGUUUACGAUAAAAACAGUGAAGGAUUCUGUUACGAUGGAAAAGGUUGUCAACCUUCCAUUACGCAAAAAAAUCUGCGAACAUCCUUGAGAAUAUGUUUGGCUCAGACAGGAUGGAAGACUCAUGCUUACGAUCUGUGCGAAUGUGCACGUAAAGCUGGAGUAGAGGGCCUAGAUGACGUCUGCUCGUUGCUGAGUACAAUUCGAGGCAGUAAGCACUCAUAAAAAUAGUCAAACUUCUUGUACGAAUUUUGUACACAUCCGUUACAAAAGGAUCUUACAGAAUGCAAUUAAAGGGUAAUAAAUGUUUUUAGUUGCACUUC